AUGGCGGGCACUUUCCCCGCCUUCCCCUUCGACUGGGAGGUGGACUCCGGGACGCUGGUGCCCUGCCAGGGACGCAGGCAAGACUGGAGGCUGACCAGCAGCGGAGUGGGGCUCAACUAUAGCCCCCCACUCCCCUUCCCGCCGCCCUAUGCAAGAUCCACGAUCCACGAGCCUCUGCCCCCUGCAUCUGAGAAAGUGUGGCGAGAUGAGGUCAUUCCACGUCUGGCGACCACCACAGAACUGGCUUAUGGCCCGAAAACCCACGGAGGAGUUCUGGGUCACCCCCGCUACUCUGUUUCCGCACCGCACUGGGAUGUCCACUACAAUAAGGAUCUGAGAGAGAAGCUGAAGCUGAGAGCAUGGAGGUUCCCGCUGACCAUGCGUAACCAGAAGAGUGAGAUGAGGGACCGCUACCCUGGCUGGCCCAAUCUACCACAGGAGCCCACUUUCCACGCUGGGCCUCAGCCGUUUGGGUUGGCUGCUCAUCAUGCGGACGGAGCAUCCAAGUCUAUUUUGGCCAGCACACAGAAUAAAGAGCUGGCGGGCAAAACUUUCUACGUCCGUGACAAGGCAGUUCUGCAGCUCAAUGAACCUUAUAUGUCUGUCACUACCCGGGACUUCCGGGCCUUCACAGAGAAAGAACUACAAGGCUACCCCAGGAGGGAUGCUUUCAUGUUCCGGCAGUGUGAGGAUUACCCUCUGAUCUGCGAUCCUGGACCAAUGCGGGACAUCAUCCAGUUCCCCAAAGCGACUCGGGUGCCCCGCCUGGGCCCAAACACCCCCCCUGUUCCCCACCGUGGUCUACUCACCCUGGCACAAGAAUCCUAUCAACCACCCAAUGACUCCAAACGCACCUGGGACCGCUUCUGCCCAGUGGAGCAGCCACCCAUGGUCUCCUGCCGGGUGCCAGUGGUGGAGAUCCUGUGCAUCCCACACAUGUAUGAAACGGAGUAUAAAUGCUACGGAAGUGGCAAGCCCAUGCCAGUGUGAAUGGACCAGGUGCAGCAGUGUUGCAAAUUUUUGGGUUAACUCUGUUCUUCCACUCAGACAAAAAAACCCAUACAGAAUCUUAUCUGUCUGUCUAUCUGUCUAGCAUUUGUUUCUGUGUUAAUUUUAGGAGGGGACCACACAGCCCGGCACUUAGAAGCAUUCAGAAAAGGGCACAUUUGGGACGCAGUGGUCUUUCCCAAUCAAGAUGAUCUGGUGUAGAAGCCUUCAGGGGUUUAUUUACAUUUUUAGCUUUAGGAAGAUAUGACUUGGACCCACGCAAAGUCUGCAGUCCAGUUGAGCUCAGUGGGACUUAACUUCUGAGUAUUGGAUUGGAAGU